AUGGCAACAUCUUCAGAAACGCCUCUGCGGCGCAAGAGAGGCGUCACUAACUUUGUCAGAUUGAGUAAAAUGAAGAGCUUUCUUAAUCGAAAGAAGACUCCAACGGAGCCGCUGAGCGCGACGGAGGAGGCCUUCCAGGCGCUGUCAUCACCACCACCUCCGCCACCGGUUUCGCCUGGACUCAAGAAGACGCAAAGCAGAUGGAAGCGAAGCAAGAAGCAGGUCGAGGUGGCUCCUGAAGUCAACAUUGCACAAGUGCUGCCUCCUACCGAUGACUUUCGAACGAGCCUGUUGAUGCCAACAUUUGCGGCUCGGUUUAGCAUGCUGAGAGAGCAGGAUGAUCCGAACUCAUUACUCGGCAAGGCCAGCGACGACAGCGUGCUUCAGCCUAGGAGGCGUUCGCGAAUGGACUUCGGUGGACUUGGUGACAUUGCUGAGGUGUCGUCGAUCAAGAGCCAAGUGCGACCUCCAUUCGCAUAUGGCCGACAAGACUCUUUUGCUUCGGAGGAUGGAUACGCGAGCGAGAACGACUCUCACAAUGGCAGUGUGCUGAGCAGAGCACGUCCAGGCGAAGGCAACACCAUGUUUGGAGGGCGGCAAAAAGUCUACAUGAUUCCGAAGGCAGGCGCGAGCGCCAGCAGUCGCAGCCUCGGGAAGGUGCGGUAUGAGGACGACAUUGGCAUGUCAGCUUUUCAGAGGUACAAGCGAGAACUCGAGCAACAGGCGAUACAAGCGCGAACCUCCGACGAAGGACACAGCUUCGACUUUGGCCUCGAUCGCAUGGAACAUGGAGAAGACUACGGAUCACAUUCAAAUGCUCCCAAUGACUCGGCGAAAGAUCUUUCACACUCGCCGUCGCUUUCUUCGUAUGACAAGAAGCGCUCGACAAGCUCCUCGUCACACUCGGAAGCGCGGUCAUCUACGAUCGCUACAUCUGUUGCAUCACAGCCAGGAUCAAAUCUUGUCACAGCACCCGCACAAACGACCGCUCCUACACCGUCCGCUCCCCCAGCACUCAAGCGCGCAGAUACGAAGACACGAAGACUCUACGAACAGGGACUCGACCAGCACAUGUACGAACAGCAGGCUUCUGCCAUGACUCGACUAAACUCGAUCCAUCGGCAACGGGGUAUGGGCGUUGGCAAGCCGUCUCCUCCAGUUUUGCAUAGCACUAGGAGUGCUGGCAACCUCAACGAGAAGGCGCGGCAGCCAGUGUACGCAGUUCGACCGCAAAGCCCAGAAGCUCUGCUCACCAACUUCGGCUCGAUCAGAAAGCAGCAGCCAUCCAACACAUCAAGCCCGAAUCUGAGCGGUCCAGUCUCUCCUCUCACACCACAUUUCGAAGGCGGCAGUGACAUGGCGCUUACCCAAGCUUUGGAGCCCGGUGACCGGGGCAAGGCGACCGCUAUGGGCGCAUUCAACAAGCCCAAACAGUCGUUCGACGAGAACCAGUAUUUGGAGCGCCAGCGACAGCUGCAAAGGUCUGCUUCGAACGCUGCGGUGAAGAAACCGGCGGUGACACCAUCUGCAGUCCAACAGCGGAUGGAUCGCUUCGACUUGGAGAGGCAGCGCUCAGACUCUGACUUAUCGGCAAGGUCAAGAUCACGUCCAGCUGCGCCAGUCUCCGAAACUUCCAGCGCAUACAACGUGUUCCAGAGAGCGGCUCAAAUGAACACAACAACCGGUGCUCAGCAGUUCGACAAGUCGACAUUGCCAGACACGCAUCGGACGUUCUUCGGCAACAUCAGUGCUAGUGACAGCGAGGACGAAGAGGACAGUGUGCCACGAUACCCUCAACAGUCUCCCUAUGCGCAGCAGGACUACGGUUAUGGUGGGCACCACGGCAGGUGGCAACCGACGGCUCUUCCUUCCGUCUCUGAACACCCGGCACUGCGAUCUAAGAAGUCCAAGGCCAGUUUAGCAGAGGAAGACGAAGAUGCCGAGAUGAUGAACAUGGAUACCAACCACAACUCCGACUUCAGACUGCCCGAGCACCCAGCGUUCCGAAAUCCAGAACCUGACGUCGAUUCUCCAACUCUCGGUCCUGGCGCAGGCUCCACGCCACUGACUGGUAUGAUGCAUCAUUUGCGCCAGCAGAGCAAUGUCUCCUCUAUAACACAGGGCGAGGACAAGCGCUCUCUGGACGAAUCGCAUGAGAUGCCUGAAUUGCCAGAAGAAUGGGCACCGAAGGACCUGGAUCUCAUUCAUCGACCGAUACAGCCGCCUGGCGAUUCGGACUCACGCGUCGGCUCAGCUUACACCAGCUCCAAUCCAUUCGAUCUGGAGGAGAGGGACAAUCCGUCACGAACUGGGGAGCGAGUCAGCCGAGUAUCUAUCAGUCCAGUGGAAGGCCACCGACCGUACAACAACAUCGAUUCCCGCGGUCCGUCUAGAGCCGGAGUAUUAAGUCGGCAGUCCGAAGUUUCACAGCUGGAGCCUGAAGCGGAGGAGGGCAGCAGUUGGCAGAACGAGCUGCAGCGACAACACACCCGCGAUGCCAGCAACGCCACGCAGCUAGAGCGAGAUGCUUUCCAGGAAGAACUCGAAGCGAGGAAACUUGCUGCGCAAGAGAAGAUUCAGCAAGCAAUCAGCAAAAGCAGGAGUGCGAGUCCUGCACCGAGCGCCAGUGAUCGUCCAGGCUUCAGAGGAUUUGGUAUGCUCCGUUCGCGACCAAGCGGAGAGUCAGUCGCAGAGAACGCACAACGCCAGCAAGCUCCUCCCAAGGCGAUGAAGAUGCUGGGUCUUAGUGGCGGUGCUAGCAGCACCACACUCAACUCCCAGUACGAGCGUAGCGGGUACAGUCUUGACAUCAACCGGCAACGAGAUAUGUCAGCAACGAGGCCUCCAUUGCCUGACAAUCCACCACGCGCUAUGCAGCAGGCUGGACUGGAUGCGAGGCGGGAGUGGCAGGCACGCUCUCGCGAGAACAGCGUGACACAAGGGAGGCCGCCUUCAGGCCGUUCACCAGCUUCUUCUGCCGGUGCACGCAGUCGCGCGAACUCCGAAGCCGCUGGCGGACGAUCACGCAGCAGGACUGGGCCGUACCGUGAUGAUCUCGAGAAAGCCAUGAUGGAGGAUACGGGAUCGAGUGCAGCGGGCGUGCCGGAGGUUACUCCUAUGAUUCCUCAGGAGCUCACUCCACGCCCAUCUCCAGAUGUGCCUCAAGGUGCGUUCGAGCAGGGGCGAGCAAGGAGCAACAGCCGGCCACCAGUUCCAGGCUACUUCGACUCGAAGAACCUGCAACCUCAUCUAUCCGGUUCUCGCGAGCGACUGUCACCAGGUGUGCCUCCGCCUGUCACUCUGUCGCCCAACGUCUACUUCCCAGGACCACCUUCCGGGCGCCCUGCACCACCGUCGCCUUUCUCCUCACAUAUGACACCGCCCUUAUCCGGUGCCAACACACCCGUGUCCUCGACUUUCACUCCACCCACACCAGCUCCGCCAUCUUCUGGCUCGAAUCGCCCUAACAUCCCACUGCGCAAGAAGACCAUCUCGAAAGGCGACAUCUCCGAGCCAACCCUCAUCACGUCAACCUCCAACUUCGACACCGUCGACCUCCCCGAAGGCGCCUCCCUCAAAAACGGCAUGGAAGAACCUCCACCGCUUCCUCCCAUCAACCCCCGCCGCCGCGCCACCAAAGCCAUGUUCGGGCUCGUCUCGCGCAAGGACUCUGAAGACAGCACGUUAACCUUCGGCGCGCGAUCAAAGACGCCGGAUCCAUGGGUCGGCACCCGGCCGGUCGAAUCUGAGUACCAGUUCGAGCCGCCUAUGCUCGCGAACCGCAGUGGGAGCGAUGGACGAUCGCCGCGCAUGCCCGCUACGAAGCAGAGCUUCGAUCAGAGUGCAAGCAUGCGACAGAACGGCUUCGCGCCGAAUGCUGGAUCGCCUGAGCGGAUGGACAGGCCGCCUGUGCCGACUCAGCCAGCGGCCGCGGCGUAUGAAGGCGGAAUGUUUUAA